ACAUCGCGAGAUAAUCCGUGCUCAGCUUUCCAGUUCAGCAACGGAGGCCAUAUCUUUGCCUAUUGUGACUCCGAAAGGACACGUGCUUUCGAAGUUGCUGGUGGAAAGGAGUUAUUGAAUGUGGAUCUCAAAAAAACUAGACGUAUUGUCUUCACUCCUCGUGACUCCCAUAUGAUCACGUAUGAGCCGUACGUCACUUAUGGGCAAAAGGUUUGUUUUAGUGUUGUUCAUGAUCGAAUUGAGGAAACGUGGAUGCCGCAGUUUUCGGAUGAUGAAAGCGCGGCAGUUCGAUUGGUAGGAAGCGAAUUACUUGUGCAUGAGGGAUGCCAUUUUGGAAAAUAUGAUCGAAAGAUCGUUGUGCAGAAUAUCAAGAACUUCGCUGUUAGCCCAGGGCCAGCACCAUUACAUGUGGCGUGCUACAGUCCAUCAUCUGGUUCAACACCAGGACGUGUUCAAGUUCGUUGCUUGGAUCCCCCUUUCAGCGCAGUUGCCGCAAAAAACUUCUUCAAAACUGAGAAAGCGGUCAUGCAAUGGAACAGCAGAGGAACGGCAGUUCUUGUUCUAGCAAGCACAGAUGUCGAUAGCUCCAAUCAAUCUUACUACGGAGAGCAACAUGUUUACCUUUUAAAUGUUAACUCUGGGGACUCCUUCAAAGUACUCUUGUCAAAGGCCGGCCCAGUGCAUGCCGCAAAAUGGAAUCCGAAUGGAAGAGAAUUCUGUGUUUGUUAUGGAUUCAUGCCUGCAAUGGUGGGCAUAUAUAAUCUUCGAGGAGACGAGACCUUCCACACAGAUGAAGGUCCACGCAACGAUAUUUUCUAUAAUGCCUUUGGCAGUAUACUGCUAACCUGCGGUUUCGGCAAUUUGGGGAAGGGGAAAAUGGAGUUUUGGGAUGUGGAAAAGAAAAAGCUAAUUGUUGCGGCAAGUUUCGUAAAUGUUUUUAUUGCCACUUAA